GAAUGUGGCUGAGAUGAGAGAAUCUCUUCAGUCCCAUUUCUGUGCACGAUGGAGACUGGCACUUCCAAAGGAGGGGACACCACAUCAUGAUCCUGUUAACUCAAGCCAUGACAUCAAGAAUCCUUCAUCAUCUCCUGUUUCACUCUUUCAGCAGCCUUCCCUGGAAAUGGGGACACUCUCCCCACCAGGCUUCAGAUCUGAUAUUCUCCAAAUGGCAGGAGAACCAGCUCAAGCUGGCCAGGUGUCCCAAGGGGAACUUCAGCCAAAGUGGGGAAAACAUGAGGGCUCAUUUCAGGUGACCAGCAGCUCAGGUGAUCCUUUCAGUCCACGGGGUGAGGUGUCCUGUCCUCCAGAGAGAACACUGAUACCUGCAAUGAGGACAGAAAAACUGUCUCCAACCAAUUCACCCACUCUGGCCACACUGGGAAGGUUGGGGACCAGGCAGGGCAGCUGUGCAAAGGCUCCCUCAGUGGGACUGACACCACUGGCAAGGACAAGUUCUUCUCUCUGCUUCCACCCUGAGCUGCUCCAAGCUCAGCCUCAGUGUGUGCUGUCUAGGUGGGACAUUGGGUUUAAUCUUCCAUGGUUUGGGUGCUCGUUGCCUUUGGCUGAGGAGACCAAAGCAGGAGCCACACCUGAUAUGGGCAGGAGGACUUGAAAACUGAGCCCAAAGGGAAAGUUUUAGCCUCCAGACUAACUUCCUACACAGUGCAAGACAGCCCCACUUGUUCCCCCCUGGUGCAGUUGCAGCUCAGGUGAAUUUCUUGGCCUUCAUGAGAGGGUUUAAGAUGAAAAGCUAAAAGAUCCCACGUCAGCCCCUUCAGCAGGCCCACUCUGGCUGUGGUGGUUACCUUUGGGCUCCUCAUCUUGUCCUGCCAGGGCGCAUAGGAAGAGCUUUUGCUUUUUCAGCCACCCCACGGCAAAAAUUCAGAGGCGCAGGUUCUAUGAAAACAGGAUGUCAGCUUUUUGUCAGAAAAGAUCACAAGGGCUGUGAGGUUGGUUUCUUUCUUUUUUUUUCUUUAAUUUUAUCUGCCUCUUUCCCUCUCUCUGUUUCAUUUUCUGACUCCCUCCCUCCCUCCUUCACACCCUCCUCCCGGUUCCUGUCAGCCCGUGAGGAGAUGGCGGUGGCUGAGGCACAGCUGUAUGCAAAGGUGUCCAACAAGCACCGGGGCAGGAGCACCUCUGCCCUUCUGGAGCCUCUCCUGGCCAAAGGAUUCCCAGCUCAUAUCGCGCAAAAAGCCUUGGUUGCUACUGGACAAAAAACAAUAGAAGAUGCAGUCAAAUGGUUGCAUUCCCACUGCAACGACCCCUCCCUGGAUGACCCAAUCCCCCAGGAAUACGCCCUUUACCUGUGCCCCACGGGCCGCCUGCACAGCCGCCUGCAGGACUUCUGGAAGGAGAGCAAGCGCCAGUGUGGCAGGAACAGAGCCCACGAGGUUUUCCCACACGUCACCCUCUGCGACUUCUUCCCGUGUGAAGACCAGAAAGUGGAAUUAUUGUAUGACAUCUUAAAGCGAGUCGGUGACAGCUUUUCCCAGAGCUUUCCACCAUCCAUUUCCCUAACACUACAUGCUUCUCCCAGCUACCUUGGCUUCUUCAUUGAUGACAGCCAGGCAAAGGUCCUCAAAGAUUUUGCUAUGGCAUUCUCAUCAGAGGCUUCAGCCCUGGCAGACUGCCAUGUGAAGCCCUCCUUGAAGCAGUUCCACCUCACCUUGGCUCACAGGUUUUAUCCUCACCAUCAGAAGACUUUGGAACAAUUGGCCAAAUGCAUUAACCCAGGGGAGCCCUGCCAGUGGGUGGUUGCUCUCUAUUCACGGGACAUGCGUUUUGUGCAUUACCAGAGGCUGAGGGCUCUCUUCCAGUACAAGCCCCAGAACAUCGACGAGCUCAUGAUCAACGCUGGGGACUUGGUCUACGUGGACCCGACGCAGCAGAGCGACGUGAGCGAGGGCUGGGUGAUCGGCACCUCGCACCGCACCGGCUGCAGGGGCUUCCUCCCCGAGAAUUACACUGAGAGAGCCCACGAGUCUGACACCUGGGUCAGGCACAGGGAAUAUGUUUUUGACACAGCUUCAAGAUCCUUCUCCAAAGCUGAAAAGGAACCCAAUGUAAAGCUGAAUGGGGAAGCCCAUAAUCUCAGUGUGUCAAGGAGUGUAACCAAUGCUCUUUCUCUUCAGAAUGCCGCCCUGCGGAGAGGCGUGCUGGUGAUGCGCCACGGGGAAAGAGUGGAUCAGGUCUUUGGCAAAUCUUGGCUUCAGCAGUGCCUGACUGCAGACGGGAAAUACUACAGAGCAGAUCUGAACUUCCCUUCCUCCCUGCCAAGGCAGAAAGACAGCAUGAAGCAGUUUGAAUGUGAUCCUCCCUUAUCUUGCUGUGGUGUUUUCCAGUCAAGGCUUAUAGGGGAAGCUCUGCUGGACCAGGAGGUGACAGUCAGCUAUGUGUACUCGUCCCCUGCCCUGCGCUGUGUGCAGACAGCUCAGCACGUCCUGCAGGGGCUUAAAUUAAAUCAAAAAGUCAGAAUCAGGGUGGAACCAGGCCUGUUUGACUGGACCAAGUGGGAAGCAAGCAGAGCAAUCCCUGACUUCAUGACUGUGGGAGAACUGGUGGAGGCAUCUUACAACAUAGAUACGAGUUACAGGGCUAACUUCCCACAAUCUUCUCUGGUGCCAUCAGAAAGUUAUGAAGAUUAUGUCAGCAGAAGCUCUGCAGUUAUAAAACAGAUCACCACGGCCUGCCCCAGCAAAGGUGUCAUCCUCAUCGUGGGCCACGGCUCCUCCUUGGCAUCUCUCACCCGAGCGCUCGCAGGGCUCCCCAGCAGAGGCAGCGGGGACUUUGCCCAGAUGGUGAGGAAGAUCCCUUCCCUGGGAAUGUGUUUCUGUGAAGAACAGGAAGAGGAGAACAAAUGGCAGAUGGUCAACCCACCAGUGAAGACAUUAACUCAUGGAGCAAACGCAGCAUUUAACUGGAGAAAUACUAUCCUGGAAGACUAAAAGGUCAUCUCUGCCUUUGCAGUUGUCAGAAAGGAGCCAACAGGAGGGUUGUGGUUCAUCACAUCUCAAUAAUUCAUCCAAACACACAGAGGGUGAGAAAUGCCCUCUCUGAGUUGUCAAAACACAGAAAAACACUUCCAAGAUUGGUGCCUGGACUUUGUUUUUAUUUUGGUGACUGAGAAGAAUGAACUCAUGAAGUGGCAUUCAAGUGAGAAAUAACACUUCUGGUGGUAGUGAGGAAAGUACCUUUCAACCCUUCCUGGGGGUACAAAUAUUUAAUAAAUAUGGAUAUAACUACCUGAUUAUAAAUUCCACUCCAAGAAGUGCGGAAGUAAACAAUGUUGUGUUUUUAAGACCAAACUAUGUCCAGCAAGAAUUCCCUUUUUUUUUUUUUCCUUCUUCAGCCACUUGGAUAUUUUCAGACAACAGAAAAACUGGGACUGAAAAAAAGUCAACUUUUACCCGAAGAGGAGACCAUCUCUAGCUAAAGCCACUGUGUUUCCUGUUCAUUCCAUCAGUUCUGUGAGAGCAAAUACCACACUGACUAUUUAUCUCUUCUACGAAGGGAGUCCAUUUUCUAUCACACCAGCUCCUCAUCCAGCAAUUCUCAAGUGAUGCAUAUUGCAAAAGGGUCUAAAUUAUUCCUUUUUGAAGGGAAAUGAACUGCUUGCUUUACUGUUUCUGGGAUAAAAAAAAAUGCCCUGUGUUACUGUACUGUGACAUGAGCAACUUUAACUCUGAACCCUUCCUGAGGUGGGACUUGCAGCACACCAGCUUUGAUUUUUGCUGGUUUGUGCUGAAUUUAUGAAUGGUCACCCACCUUCCCAGUGGGUCACCUGAAAGGUUUCUGCAGCUCUUCUCUAGGUUGUGUGUUUAAUUAAUGGAACGUAGCCCUGAAAUUUUAUGCACAAAUAGGAACACACCUUUCCACUGUCUAUUUUUCUCCUGCUUCUCCCUUCUGGUUAUCAGACAACUGCCUCCAGGAAAGUACAAUGUUUCUUUCAGUGAAAGGAAAAAAUGAAAAUGUUUCUCUCAGAGCAUGACUAAAAAUGUUUUCAUUUUCACUCCUCACUACCUGCUCCUAUGUGACAUCUCCCUGCGUGCCAUUAGCCAUCGGGGCAUGCAGAGGAACCCAUCCAACAUUCUAGCUUUGGGGCUGAGAGGUGUCUGACAGGCUCCUUUAUCUGUGGGUGUAGAGAUUUUGUUAUCUCAGCUGUGCAGCUGCAAUGAUUCAUUCUGACUUUCCAGCUCUGGUGGAGUUGCUUGAGCUCUCAGUUUUCUGACAGUGCUGCAAUUUUACAGUGGAAGUCAAAUGUCCCAGGGACAAGACAGAAGCUUUUUAACAAGCAAGGGCACAGGACUUGAGCUCAGGAGAUGGAUGGCUACAGCUGCAGCCCCAGAAAAAGAUAAAAAACACCAAAUGUCAACCUUUUCUCAAUCAGGGGGAGCAGGAUGCCACUGCAGUGCAGAGAGGACUGUGGCUUGGCUACUUCUCCACCUCUCAGCCCAGCACAUACUUGCAGUCAGCCAAGAGAGGCAGGUGUGGUGAGGGAUGGGUUUGCUCAGCUCUGAAGAUGAUGGCCAGGCUCCUCUGUGGUCAGCAGGGAGGGCAGUGACUCACAGGUCUGGCUGACAAAGGGUGUAUGAUACAAGAAAAUCAGCAAGGCCACUUAAAAGACUGGUCAUUUUUAAUGUAUUAGUGAUAUUAAAUUUCAUUACACAUUUUCUUCUACCUUUCUAGAGACAACGUGUGGGUUUUUUUCCAUAAUGCUCUUAUACAUUAAUCCUAGAUUCGG